AUGAUGUUCAUUGGGGCCUUUUCAUCGAAAUAUAUCAACGCUAAACAUGUGGCAAUCCAAGUGGAAAAUGCCACAGACUACGCAAGGUUGCUGGUGGGACAGAACGGAGUGUCGGUUUGGUUUGUAGAUCGACACCCGAUGAGGGUGUUCCCGUGGACUCCAGACAUUAAUCCAUACUUUGAAAUACCAAUUGCAGCGGUGUGGUGCAACCUCUUGGGCUUACCGAUUAAUCUAUUCGAAAAGUCGGCACUCUUCGCGAUUGGAGGAAUGCUGGGGACAUAUAUACAAAUUGGCCACGCUACGGCUACUCAAACGAGGUUGUCAUAUGCCCGUAUUUGUGUAGAAAUUGACAUAUCCAAGCCACCAAUUGAGGAAAUUAUCGUAGACAUGAUGGGAAGGGAAAUGGUCCAAAAGAUUAUAUGGGACAAAAUACCGAUGUAUUGCAGGGAAUGCCGUCAUGUUGGGCAUGCAAGCUCGACCUGCUAUGCCAAUGGGAAAAGGGAGAAGCCAAUGAAAUGGGAUUAUCAUACACCGAGGUACAGUAAUCCAUCCAAAACUCAUAAUUAUCAGCCCAACCAGCCAGUGGCAGGGAGAUCAGAACAGGGGGGAAGAGACAGCCACCUGAUGGAUAAAGGAGAGGAAACAACAACCCAAACAGAUUCUCAUGAGCCCGAAGGCACGAACAACCAACGACCGAGGAAGGAAGGGACGAGGGAGAAGCCUGGUUUGAAGCAUAAUGUUGACGGAGAGUGGGAGCCUGAGGAAGAGGGCUUUCGGAAACAGGGGCGACGUCGAGGGUAA